CUGUUAAUUGCUCAUCGUUUGGUUCCAGUUGAAGAAUGGUCGGAAGAAGCUGAGUUAGAAAAUCAGCGGCUCUCACCGACUUCUCUGUGAAACUGAGCUGGCAAAAUGGAAGGUUUUGUUUUCAAGAGUAGACAAGAAUUUGAAUAUCUGGGAAUAAUGCGUUUUGGGAAGUCUGCACGUGCGCGUAGAUUCAGAUUCCUCACUGUUGCGCUGUUCACUUUACAGGCGGUGAGGAUUGAGGCUGUUUCAGGCUGCGAAGGUCAAAAUUGUGAAGAUACAUCAGAGUCCGUGGCUCAGGAAGCUGUGGAGAAGACCCACGGAUUUGCUUUAAAGCAUUUCAACCAAUUCACCAAACAGGCUGAAGAUCGAAAGGCCAGGCGUGGGGAAGAGAUUAUACCGUUCAUUGGGCUGACCGACAGUAGCAAGUUGAACAGGAAUUGCUGUCAGAAUGGGGGUACAUGCGUACUUGGAAGUUUCUGCAUUUGCCCAAAAUACUUCGUGGGGAGAAACUGUGAAUAUGAUGAACGUGUUAGGAACUGUGGCAAUAUUCCGGAAGGAGCAUGGGUACCCAAAAAUUGUACUUGGUGUAGAUGCAGCUUUGGAAUCCUGCACUGCAUUCAAGGAUCACAAGAUAACUGUGAUAUUAGAAGAGACUUAAAAGAAGAUCACAAAUAUUACCAGUUACUCUCAGAUAGUUCCCAGCUGCUACCAUUCAGAUAUCUGCUGCUACCAGUGAUGUUCCUCAACAUGGUAUUAUUUGGACUAUUACCUUACAAUGUAUGUUCAUAAACUGGAACAACAUGAGUACAUUUACUUCUGUUCUUGGAAAAUACAGGGAAAUUAUUCUUGGUAAUGGCUGAGUUAAUGUGCAGAAUGUAUUGUGUUUUAUAUUCCAGUGGAAUGCUUCCAUUAUUUUCCAAUACACUGAAAUUUUUUAAUUAUUAAGUAAGAAUUUAUGACUUAGGCAGGGGGGCUGCUUGCAGUAGCUUUUUUUCAGUGUAUUUUUUACGUGAGGCACAAAAGUCAGUUCAUAGUAGGCAGGUUGAUUGAUGUUAAAUUUCUUUUUAUUAUAUUGUAUCAGCUAGAAGGCUAGGCAAUAAGGGAGGAUUGCAAUGAUGUAUUCAUGCAAUAUUGCACAGUGGGAAUUGUUCAGAAUAGCCAUGGGCAGGGAGAUAGUGCAAUGGUUUGAAUAGUAUCACUUC